CGUUGUUUAUAUUUUUGCGGUCUUUUGCGUAAUUUUUAGUUGAAACCGUUCUGUGUUUUAAAAAAUCAUAAAAAUUCAAUGAAAUCAGUCAAAUUUUGAACAGUUUUUCAACAAUGUUAGCAUUUAAAAGUUUAUCCGUUCUAAAAUCAUUCCACUUGGAGCAAAAACUAGUCACCUACGCCCGUUUCGUUCAUCACAAGUUUCACCUGGUGAAACCGAGCUAUGACACCGAUUACCUGCUAAAUCCGGCCAACAUACCGGAAAUCCAGCACAACAUUGAGCACCGCAAAGGCGUCGGAAACAUUCAGCUGGUCCAUGAGUUAAACAGUAAACUCCGUUCACUUCCCGCCAAUGCAGGUGAGGCAGAAAGAUCCCAACUAAAUGAUCAACUUCAGGCGGAGUUGAGAAAAAUUCCCAACCGAACCCAUCCGGGCGUGCUGCAGCACGGUGCGGAUCCCAAAGUGGUGCGGUACUACAACGAGAAGCCGUCCCUCGGCGAGGGGGCAAAGGUGUUUGAGUUUUCCGAGAUGACCAAAAAAAUGAACAUCUUUCGGAUGGAAAAGCUGGGCAACUUUACCGGCCACAAGUCGUACUAUCUAACGGGCGAGUUGGCCGAGCUGGAGCAAGCCCUCAUCCGGUACGCGCUCUCAAAACUCCUGGCACGCAACUUCCACCUCAUCACCGUGCCGGACAUCCUGCCGGCUCGCAUAAUCGAAAGCUGCGGCAUGAGCACCCACGGCGAACGCAACCAGGUGUACAAACUCAACUACCCGCACGAAACGCUCUGCCUGUCGGGCACUUCCGAGAUGGCCCUGGCGGGAUACUUUGCCGGAACCGUAACGGAGGAGUCGCGACUGCCGCUCAAGCUGACCGCCGUCAGUCGGUGCUUCCGGGCGGAAACUUCGGCACUGCACGAGGAGAAGGGCAUCUACCGGGUGCAUCAGUUCACCAAGGUUGAGAUGUUCUCCGUGUGCCGGCCCGACCAGUCGGAGGCGAUGCUGGAGGAGUUUCGGGACAUCGAGGUGGAUCUGUUUGACGCGCUGGGCGUUCACUUCCAGCUGUUGGACAUGCCCGCGUGCGAGUUGGGUGCGCCUGCCUACCGGAAGUAUGACAUCGAAGCGUGGAUGCCGGGCAGGGGCAUGUACGGGGAAAUUUCUAGCUGUAGCGAUUGUACGGAUUAUCAGGCGAGGAGAUUGGGAAUUCAAUAUCGCUCCGGAAGCGACAACAGUCAGCUGAACUAUGCGCACACGGUCAACGGAACGGCGUGCGCAAUACCACGAAUGUUAAUUGCCCUGCUGGAGAACUUCCAAAACAAAGACUACACCAUUACGGUUCCGGAACCGUUGCGACCCUUCAUGCGAGGGAAGGACAAAAUUAGCCGAAAGAAAGUGUUGCCCGAACUGAAGCUAACCAAGCGAUUAGCUCAGGAGGAAAUUUGUUAAGAUCGGUUAUCGUUACGCAGAAUAAGAAUUGUUUAAAUAAAAUCAAUUAAUAUGAAAAGA